UUUUUUGAAUUUGACGCCCCUUGAAUGACACGUAAUGGAAGCACACAUAACCCCACUUUUUACCAUUAUUAUGAAGAUUUGUUAUCAAGAGUAAACGGCUCUUAACUUGUUAGAAAUUACGGUUUAAGCAUCGCUCCACAGAUAAACAAUGUCAGCCCUCUUCAACUUCCAAAGUUUGCUAACAGUAGUUUUACUAAUUAUUUGCACUUGUGCGUACCUUAGGUCCCUUUUCCCCAGUAUUAUGGACCGAAAUAAAGUUGGGUUAAUGGGCACAUUCUGGAAAUGCGCCCGAAUUGGGGAAAGAAAGUCGCCUUGGGUGGCUGUCGCAUGCUUAACAAUGGCAUUUUCAAUUUUAUUUGUCAGGUAAAGUGGUUAUAACCGAUUUUUGAACAUAUUUAAUAAAACAAAGUGUCAAGUGAAUGGAUAAAAUUUUAAUAUAAAAGUACAUGUAAAUAUCAAUGAGAUAGUAUACACUCGUCUACAUACAAAUAAUGUUAAAUUGAAAAUUAUAGUGACAUUAAAAUGUAUCACCUGAGAGUUUUAGACUUAGAAACUACAAAAAAUUGCUUGUUUUUGACUAUAAUUUUGACUUGGUACAAUUUUCAAUUUAACACUUGAUCCUAAAUAGGGGUGCUUAUUAGAUUCUAUGCUUGACGAAAGAAUGAAAGCAAAGAAUUUAAUACCUCACAGACAAAAGUCUUAAAUAUGAAACUCCUGUCUCAGUCAACGUGUAAAUAAAUAAAAAUAUUGGAUAGAAGUUUGACACUGAAAUCGAUUAAUAACUAACUGUUCCACGAUAGGCAACCUACUGACUUAGAAUUUACUUUUUUUAAUGACAGUCUUGUAAUAAAAAAUAAUACAGUCUA